AUGGCCGCCCGCGGCGUUGUCGCCGAGGCAGCCAACGUGCCCGCCCAAGGCAUGAAGUCGCUCGGCGUCCACAUGUGCGUCGAGGGCAUGACGAGCGACGUGCUCGUUGCUGCGUGGGAUAGGGCGAAGAACUUGAAAAAGGCCACCCCCCUUGGCAAGCCGAAGAUCGACGGCAGUCUCGACCGCAAGGGCUCGGUGGACGUUUACGACCUGCCCGUCAAGCCAUGGAGCGCUCGCGGCAACGCCUCCAUAAAGUCCGUUGUCGACAUCGUCACUGACGUCAAAGACAUUAUGGCAGAAGGCAAGUACAAGGAAUUGCCGCCGCCGCCGUUCUGCUUCAGCGACCCGGAGGCAGAGCCCCCUUGCACGAUGAAUCUUGCCGUCGCACAGAGAGUCGCAGACGGACUCCCAAUCGUCGUGAAGUGGAUUCAGUUCAUUGGCGGGGAGAAGAGCCCCUUCGUGAGGGACAGCAUUAUCCGCGGCAACAUGCACGUUUUGGACUGGCGCAAGGACGUGUUCAACUCUGCCCGCACGAUGCAGAUCCUGUUCGAACGCCUCGGUGGUGUCCAAGCGCGAUACUGGGAGUUCGUGAGCGCGCCCGCGCCCAGAGCUGGCGGCGGCGACGUUGACGUCGAUCAGAAGAAGAAGGAGCUCUCGGCGGGCAUCCAGCACAUUAAGGACGAAGCCCCACGCACAAAUGCUGACUGCGAACAGCUGGAGUGGGUAGAGUGCGAGCUGGUGGACCCUUCGUCGCCAAUUCACAACCUCAGGCGGGAGCUCAUCAACGCGGUCCUCAAGGUGCUGCGGGACCGCGACCAUUUCGCCAACAAGCUGGUAUACUACCCCAUCCUGCUCCCAGAUGUCCGCGAUGAGUACCAGGGCGCCAUGCGGCGCGCCAUGGAGAUGCUGGACACCAACACCGUCCUGUGCGUGGGCGAGGCGGGCUUCGGCAAAACGCCGUUCAUGAUGUCGAUGGCCAUGGCCAGCGCCAGGCACAACGCCGACGCGGAGAACAGGGCGACUGGCCGCGCCGACGCGGUGGCCGCCGUGCGGACAGCGCCCGACAUGGAUUUUUUCCGCGGUGAAGUCGGGCAGCGCUGGGUCCCUUGCAUCUUCGACGACGGUGACCUGGCGGAGCAGAGGCCCAAGGUGUUGAAAGCAUUCUUCGACACCACUCAGGCGGAGGCCAUGACGUACGUCAGGUGGGGGGCGGCGAAAUUCGUCCGCGGGCAGGCCCGCUUCGGCGGGGAGAACGAAUACGACGCCAGCGCAGCGCCGACAGCUACGCAGUGGGCGCUGGCAUCCACAGGCGCCGACGCCGCCCAGAAGACGACCGCCAUCCUGACCGACAUGCUCAAGCCAACGUUCCCGAAGAACUUCUCGCCGAGCAAUGUCGGCGCUAUGCUGAAACGCUGCACCGUGUUCUUGAACACUCCGACUGACAUGUUCUUCAGGCUCGCUGGCACCGAGAGCCGCGUGGAAAAGCUCCCGUUGAUGGAUGGGUACCUCAAGCCCGAGGCGGGCAAGAUGCUGCGCUCCUACUUGGCCCGCGGGGUCAUGCGCGACGAGGAGGAGUUCGACAGGGUCAUGGCUUACGAGAAGAAGAUGGUCAUGGAGAUCAUGGCAAAGCGCGGCGUCGAGUACGGCGUCCCCGCGGAGGAGGACCCGUUCGGCUUGGGCGGCUCCAUGAUCGGCGAGCAGGCGGAGGCGCCCGCGGCCGCCCCUGUCGUGCCGACGGCGCCGAUUAAGCGGGAGCCUUCCAAUGUCUUCAGCCGCAACUUGCGCCAGAACGGGCCCGUCGAGAUCGACCUCUGCAGCCCCUCCCCGUUGAAGAAGAAGGUGAAGUUCGAGUCGGGCACCGUCCCGCUGCAGAAGGUGAAGCUCGAGCCAGGCUCCAGCGACGCGGUGGGGCAGGACGAGUUCGGGCAGAAGCCGCCGAAGCCGCGCAAGCUCUCCCUUGUCUUGGGGGACAUCAUGGCUCAUGAGCUGAACGGCGCGGCGGGGCUCUCGCCAGACUCUGACGUCGCGACGGAGCAGGGCGCCGUGUCACUCACCCAGGCUCUGGAGGAGGUCGUGGAUCAGGAGCUGAGCCGCGCGGCGGGCCGCGGCGGCCCGUCGAGCAGCAGCGGCGGCGGCCGCGCGGUUCAGUUUGAGGCGGGCGUCGACUCGCUCGCGUACCAUCGCGAGUGGUGUUCGCUGAAGUACCAGGCCUUCCAGGAGUUGCUUCCCCUGUGGCAGGCGCGUUCUCUGCUGCAUGACGAUGUCCGUGCGCGCGUCGCCUCUUUCCUGGUCCCCACUGAGCCGUCGUGGACGUGGAUUCCACGGGCGGCGCUGGUCCGCGCGGACAACGACCCUGUGCUGCCGUACGUCUGCUGCUUAGCGAGCAUGGAACUCCUCCACUGGAUGCGCCCCGCCGCGUUGGCGGUCGGCUUCCCCGCCGACGCCGUGCCCGCCUCGCAGGAGGGCGCGCGGCUGCGGGUCAAGUGGCGCUUGAUGGAGAUGCAGAUGUAUUGCAUCUACGACGAGCUGGAGGACGUCAGGGCGAAGAUGGCGACGCUCGACAAGACCAUCGAAGGGCUGAGCCGCAUGCGGCCGCGGGCGACGUGGGGGAUCAGGCGCGCCUGCCCGUUCCUGGCCAGGGUCGUCGGCCAGAGCCGCGCCAUGGCGCCUGGGCGCGUCUUCCCUGCGCCUAAGCGGGGCAAGGCGCGCGCUGUCCUCAAGACGGGGAAGCCCAAGCGGAAGGCCCCGAAGCACGCGGGAAAGACAACGGCGAAAAAGACGGCGCCAAACCAGAGUGCGAGGAAGGUGCCUUACGUGCGGCACGGCAAGAGAACUUGCACGUCCAGGCCGGAGCGCGUUGCUUUCAAGAGGAACGUGUUCGAUUUCAUACGCGCAAGUGACCGCGAGAUCGUCGACAUGUUGCUCGAGGACCAGGUCUUGGAGAAUUUGGAAGGCCAGACGUGCUCUUUCUGCACGAAAGGGACCCUCGGCCCCCUGAAGGACGUCCAGGGCCGUGGACCGCGGUACCGCUGCAACCACAAGGGUUGCCAGAAGUUCUCCUUGCCCCAGAGCGGGCACAUGGUCUUCAGCAGCGGCUCUGGCGUUGCCGCGGUGCCCUUGCAGGAACAGUCUGCCGUGCUUUUCGCUGUCGUGAACAACGCCCCCCUUGCCAAGAUCCAUGCGCUCACGGGCAAGAACCACAAGGCGAUCGAGAGCAUGAGCAAGUUCAAUGAUGCGUGCCGAAAGAGCGACGUGCAGCAGCAGGAGAAACUGAUUUCUUUCGGAGGAAAGGGGCGGACGUGGAAAGAUGUCGAGGCCGAUGAGGUCGACCUCAGGGGCGAUCUACUGCCUGAUCACGCGGAGCGAGCUGAGAACGAGCGGGUCCAGUGGGAGCAGUGGGGCGGUGUCAUCGAAAGAGGCAAUCGCAAGACAUUGGUGUUGACGCGCCUCAAGCCAAGCCUCACCAAGCAGAGGGCGCCAGGCCCAGGCGCGAUACGCUUGCCUGAUUGGACGCCGUUCGCUCACAAGAACUUGAGCAACAGGAACGUUGUGCUCCACGCGGACGGGGCAAAAACGUACAAGGUCAAGGUCGAGGGGAUGCUCCACGACCACGUCGUGCACCAGAGGAAGCGGCUCGUGAAGAAUGGCAAGCCCGUGAAGAAAAACGGCCGCCAGGUGUGGGUGAAACCCACGUACGCCAAGAAGUUUCAGCAUAAACUUCCUGGUGGACGAGUCCUCAAGUGCAAAGGCGGGACCCAGAUCAUCGACAGGUUCUGGCAGCACUUGCGCGGCUUCAUCAAGACCAGGAAGAGCACCGUUGGCUCGGCGUCCGCCGCUCCUGCGGGCAACAGGCGCGCUGACGUUGACACCCUCCCCUGCAAGGCUUCCAAGCGAUGGCCGCCCGCGGCGUUGUCCCGCGGCAUGGCCGCCCGCGGCGUUGUCGCCGAGGCAGCAAACGUGCCCGCCCAAGGCAUGAAGUCGCUCGGCGUCCACAUGUGCGUCGAGGGCAUGACGAGCGACGUGCUCGUUGCUGCGUGGGAUAGGGCGAAGAACUUGAAAAAGGCCACCCCCCUUGGCAAGCCGAAGAUCGACGGCAGUCUCGACCGCAAGGGCUCGGUGGACGUUUACGACCUGCCCGUCAAGCCAUGGAGCGCUCGCGGCAACGCCUCCAUAAAGUCCGUUGUCGACAUCGUCACUGACGUCGACGCCGCCGAGAUGGCCGCUGUGGACUGGGCCAAGGUCAAAGACAUUAUGGCAGAAGGCAAGUACAAGGAAUUGCCGCCGCCGUUCUGCUUCAGCGACCCGGAGGCAGAGCCCCCUUGCACGAUGAAUCUUGCCGUCGCACAGAGAGUCGCAGACGGACUCCCAAUCGUCGUGAAGUGGAUUCAGUUCAUUGGCGGGGAGAAGAGCCCCUUCGUGAGGGACAGCAUUAUCCGCGGCAACAUGCACGUUUUGGACUGGCGCAAGGACGUGUUCAACUCUGCCCGCACGAUGCAGAUCCUGUUCGAACGCCUCGGUGGUGUCCAAGCGCGAUACUGGGAGUUCGUGAGCGCGCCCGCGCCCAGAGCUGGCGGCGGCGACGUUGACGUCGAUCAGAAGAAGAAGGAGCUCUCGGCGGGCAUCCAGCACAUUAAGGACGAAGCCCCACGCACAAAUGCUGACUGCGAACAGCUGGAGUGGGUAGAGUGCGAGCUGGUGGACCCUUCGUCGCCAAUUCACAACCUCAGGCGGGAGCUCAUCAACGCGGUCCUCAAGGUGCUGCGGGACCGCGACCAUUUCGCCAACAAGCUGGUAUACUACCCCAUCCUGCUCCCAGAUGUCCGCGAUGAGUACCAGGGCGCCAUGCGGCGCGCCAUGGAGAUGCUGGACACCAACACCGUCCUGUGCGUGGGCGAGGCGGGCUUCGGCAAAACGCCGUUCAUGAUGUCGAUGGCCAUGGCCAGCGCCAGGCACAACGCCGACGCGGAGAACAGGGCGACUGGCCGCGCCGACGCGGUGGCCGCCGUGCGGACAGCGCCCGACAUGGAUUUUUUCCGCGGUGAAGUCGGGCAGCGCUGGGUCCCUUGCAUCUUCGACGACGGUGACCUGGCGGAGCAGAGGCCCAAGGUGUUGAAAGCAUUCUUCGACACCACUCAGGCGGAGGCCAUGACGUACGUCAGGUGGGGGGCGGCGAAAUUCGUCCGCGGGCAGGCCCGCUUCGGCGGGGAGAACGAAUACGACGCCAGCGCAGCGCCGACAGCUACGCAGUGGGCGCUGGCAUCCACAGGCGCCGACGCCGCCCAGAAGACGACCGCCAUCCUGACCGACAUGCUCAAGCCAACGUUCCCGAAGAACUUCUCGCCGAGCAAUGUCGGCGCUAUGCUGAAACGCUGCACCGUGUUCUUGAACACUCCGACUGACAUGUUCUUCAGGCUCGCUGGCACCGAGAGCCGCGUGGAAAAGCUCCCGUUGAUGGAUGGGUACCUCAAGCCCGAGGCGGGCAAGAUGCUGCGCUCCUACUUGGCCCGCGGGGUCAUGCGCGACGAGGAGGAGUUCGACAGGGUCAUGGCUUACGAGAAGAAGAUGGUCAUGGAGAUCAUGGCAAAGCGCGGCGUCGAGUACGGCGUCCCCGCGGAGGAGGACCCGUUCGGCUUGGGCGGCUCCAUGAUCGGCGAGCAGGCGGAGGCGCCCGCGGCCGCCCCUGUCGUGCCGACGGCGCCGAUUAAGCGGGAGCCUUCCAAUGUCUUCAGCCGCAACUUGCGCCAGAACGGGCCCGUCGAGAUCGACCUCUGCAGCCCCUCCCCGUUGAAGAAGAAGGUGAAGUUCGAGUCGGGCACCGUCCCGCUGCAGAAGGUGAAGCUCGAGCCAGGCUCCAGCGACGCGGUGGGGCAGGACGAGUUCGGGCAGAAGCCGCCGAAGCCGCGCAAGCUCUCCCUUGUCUUGGGGGACAUCAUGGCUCAUGAGCUGAACGGCGCGGCGGGGCUCUCGCCAGACUCUGACGUCGCGACGGAGCAGGGCGCCGUGUCACUCACCCAGGCUCUGGAGGAGGUCGUGGAUCAGGUUCAGUUUGAGGCGGGCGUCGACUCGCUCGCGUACCAUCGCGAGUGGUGUUCGCUGAAGUACCAGGCCUUCCAGGAGUUGCUUCCCCUGUGGCAGGCGCGUUCUCUGCUGCAUGACGAUGUCCGUGCGCGCGUCGCCUCUUUCCUGGUCCCCACUGAGCCGUCGUGGACGUGGAUUCCACGGGCGGCGCUGGUCCGCGCGGACAACGACCCUGUGCUGCCGUACGUCUGCUGCUUAGCGAGCAUGGAACUCCUCCACUGGAUGCGCCCCGCCGCGUUGGCGGUCGGCUUCCCCGCCGACGCCGUGCCCGCCUCGCAGGAGGGCGCGCGGCUGCGGGUCAAGUGGCGCUUGAUGGAGAUGCAGAUGUAUUGCAUCUACGACGAGCUGGAGGACGUCAGGGCGAAGAUGGCGACGCUCGACAAGACCAUCGAAGGGCUGAGCCGCAUGCGGCCGCGGGCGACGGUCGUCGGCCAGAGCCGCGCCAUGGCGCCUGGGCGCGUCUUCCCUGCGCCUAAGCGGGGCAAGGCGCGCGCUGUCCUCAAGACGGGGAAGCCCAAGCGGAAGGCCCCGAAGCACGCGGGAAAGACAACGGCGAAAAAGACGGCGCCAAACCAGAGUGCGAGGAAGGUGCCUUACGUGCGGCACGGCAAGAGAACUUGCACGUCCAGGCCGGAGCGCGUUGCUUUCAAGAGGAACGUGUUCGAUUUCAUACGCGCAAGUGACCGCGAGAUCGUCGACAUGUUGCUCGAGGACCAGGUCUUGGAGAAUUUGGAAGGCCAGACGUGCUCUUUCUGCACGAAAGGAACCCUCGGCCCCCUGAAGGACGUCCAGGGCCGUGGACCGCGGUACCGCUGCAACCACAAGGGUUGCCAGAAGUUCUCCUUGCCCCAGAGCGGGCACAUGGUCUUCAGCAGCGGCUCUGGCGUUGCCGCGGUGCCCUUGCAGGAACAGUCUGCCGUGCUUUUCGCUGUCGUGAACAACGUCCCCCUUGCCAAGAUCCAUGCGCUCACGGGCAAGAACCACAAGGCGAUCGAGAGCAUGAGCAAGUUCAAUGAUGCGUGCCGAAAGAGCGACGUGCAGCAGCAGGAGAAACUGAUUUCUUUCGGAGGAAAGGGGCGGACGUGGAAAGAUGUCGAGGCCGAUGAGGUCGACCUCAGGGGCGAUCUACUGCCUGAUCACGCGGAGCGAGCUGAGAACGAGCGGGUCCAGUGGGAGCAGUGGGGCGGUGUCAUCGAAAGAGGCAAUCGCAAGACAUUGGUGUUGACGCGCCUCAAGCCAAGCCUCACCAAGCAGAGGGCGCCAGGCCCAGGCGCGAUACGCUUGCCUGAUUGGACGCCGUUCGCUCACAAGAACUUGAGCAACAGGAACGUUGUGCUCCACGCGGACGGGGCAAAAACGUACAAGGUCAAGGUCGAGGGGAUGCUCCACGACCACGUCGUGCACCAGAGGAAGCGGCUCGUGAAGAAUGGCAAGCCCGUGAAGAAAAACGGCCGCCAGGUGUGGGUGAAACCCACGUACGCCAAGAAGUUUCAGCAUAAACUUCCUGGUGGACGAGUCCUCAAGUGCAAAGGCGGGACCCAGAUCAUCGACAGGUUCUGGCAGCACUUGCGCGGCUUCAUCAAGACCAGGAAGAGCUCCGUUGGCUCGGUGUCAUUGAACGCCAGGGUCCGAUCGGCCCAGUGGGCGUACUGGCAUGCCAACGAGGACCUGUGGCUGGAGACUGGCAAGAUGUUCAGCCGCUUGAGGGGGAAGUAG